CCUCAGCCAGCAGUACUUAAUGAGUCUUUGUGUGGCGAGGGGGGGGGGGAGAGAGAGCGAGAGAGGAGAGAGAGUGUGUGUGUGAGAGAGAGAGAGAGGGAAGAGGGGGAGAGAAGGAGAGAGGGGAGAGGGAGAGGGAGAGAGAGUCACUAAACAAUAAAGCAUAUGGUACCGGCACGAGAGCAGGGCUGGGAAAUUCACAGGUCUCUCUCGCUCCCUCUCUCUCUCUCUCUCUUAUGCCCCACAGCAUCAGGGCUGGCAAUCAACAUGGGAUCCCUUAAAUUAAUACGCUUCAUAUCUUUCUGAAUUGCUUCAUUUAGAUUUUUUUUUCCCCGUCGUUAUUCUGAGGAGAAGGCUGAGGAGCUGGAAUCCGUCGGUGGAAACAGGUGCCGGCCGUCGCCAUGAGCGGAAUACUGAAGAGGAAGUUCGAGGAGGUGGACGGCUCGUCUCCGUGCUCCUCCCUGCGGGAGUCGGACGACGAGGUCUCCGGCAGCGAGAGCGGCGACAGCAGCGACAGCGUCAACCCCUCGGCCUCAGGCCACUUCCCCCCCUCUUCCAUACUGAAGCGCGAGAAGCGCAUGAGGACCAGGAACGUGCACUUUGAAAACGUGACGGUGUACUACUUCAGCCGGCGCCAGGGCUUCACCAGCGUGCCCAGCCAGGGCGGCAGCACCCUGGGCAUGGCCAGCCGGCACAGCUGCAUCCGCCAGUACACCCUGGGGGAGUUCGCCCUGGAGCAGGAGCGGAUCCAUCGAGACAUGCUCAAAGACCACCUCAAGGAGGAGAAACUCAACUCAAUUAAACUCAAGCUGACGAAGAACGGCACGGUGGAGUCGGAGGAAGCCAACGUGCUGACGGUGGACGACAUCUCGGACGACGACAUCGACCUGGACAACACGGAGGUGGACGAGUACUUCUUCCUGCAGCCGCUCACCACCAGGAAGCGGCGGGCCCUGCUGCGGGCCUCGGGGGUGAAGAAGAUCGACGUGGAGGAGAAGCACGAGCUGCGCACCAUCCGCGUGUCCCGCGAGGACUGCGGCUGCGACUGCCGGAUCUUCUGCGACCCGGAAACCUGCGCCUGCAGCAUGGCCGGAAUCAAGUGUCAGGUAGACCGCAUGUCCUUUCCCUGUGGCUGCACGAAGGAGGGCUGCAGUAACACUGCCGGCCGGAUCGAGUUCAACCCCAUCCGGGUGCGAACCCACUUCCUGCACACCAUCAUGAAGCUGGAGCUGGAGAAGAGCCGCGAGCAGCAGGCCUCCGUCGCCAACGGUUACCACGGAGACAUCGGCGUGCACGCCAACCCCCUGGUCCAGGCCCAACACGGUCUGGAGUACACCCUGGCCGACGCCGUCCCGCCCACGGCCCUCAUGCACCUCCAGGCCUCGGAAGAGAUGGAGGAUCCCAUCGACGACGAGGAUGAAGACGAGGAGGAGGAGGAGGAGGACGACGACGAUGACGACGAAGAGGACAACGAGGAUGACGAAGACGACGGCAGCAGCCUCUGCAGCGGCCUGACCGACUCCAGCACCCAGAGCCUGGCGCCUAGCGACUCCGAGGACGAGGAGGACGACGAAGACAAGUCGGACGACUUUGAGGACGGCGCGAACGCGCCGUCUGCGUCUCGCGCCGAAGUCGUGCCGCUCUCCUCGGUUCUGUGCUACCCGGACGGCGCGGCGGUGCACAACGGCCACGCCAACGGCAGCUCGUACUUCGCCGGCUCCGCGGCGGAGUGCUACCAGCUCGAGAGCUCCGGCGCGCCCUUAGUCAGCGUCGGCCAAACCGCGGAGCCCUACGGCGACGCCCAGCCUUUCCAAGAAAGGGUGCCCAACGGCAACGGGGCCUUGUUCGGCCUGGCCUCCGAGCAGUACCCCGCUUACUCCAGGCCGUCCGAGGAGCGGUACGCCAGUCACCACUUCUCCGUGACCAACGGCGUGUCCUCCAGCGUCGUCUGCCGCGCGGCUGACCUGGAGAACAACGUCCAGUCCAACGGGGCCUGCCACGACCUGCCGAAAGGCCCCUCCCGGAUGGAGAUCCAGAACUACUUGAACAAUAACUCACAAGAGCACUACGCUAAUAACGGGACCUGCUUCAUGGCGGAGAAGCCUAAGGACCUCUCUAACGGGCUGUCUGAAGUGUCCUCCCUGUCAGACGGUAGUAAAACCUCUCCGUCUCUAGACAGCUUUACCCAGGUUGCACAAGUUUAGUGUGCUACACGUAUUAAGGAAUAUCUAGGAAUUUAUAAGUACAAUUAAUGAACAACUAAAGGGUAAAUCAUCCAAUUUAAAUGAAUUAAAUUUAUGGCAAAGUCUGAAUUAGUGGCUUUUGCUUUAGAUACACCUUUUUAACAAAUUGCACAUACAGUUUUUGUUUUAAAACGCUGCCUGUUUAAAAAAAAAGGGUCCAGGCGCAAAGUGGUGCUGUUUUUGUGGCAUCCUACUGUCCCUGUAAUAUAUUCAUUUUAAAUGCAAAAUGAAAAACCACAGAACCAUGCGUGAGCUUUAGGCCUGUGAGAUGUAAGUAUCUUGUCAUUUAAAAGCAAAGGUUCUAGUUCUCGGCACAUUGUGGAUAGAACUUUUAUAUGUCAAUAUGUCGAUUGUGGAAAAAGUACAUUGUUUCAGUUUAUGGGGUUAUGAAGUGUAUGUAAAGCUAUGUUUUGAUAAUGGAAAGCAUGUUAUUUUUGAGCUGUUGUUGGCAUUUAUUACAGUAUGGGUUUUUAAAUAGUUGUGCACAUGUACUGUACAAACUUUUAUGUUGUUAUAUCUAUUUUGUGCUUUUCUAUUGUUUGCAAUAGCAUGGGAUUGGCUCUGCAAUAUUUUUGUUAAAUCUCUGAUGCUUUGAGUUUAAAUGUAAAAAGCAUACAUUGAUUUGAGAUGUAUAAAUGACAUGAAGCUAUAGUUCUGCAUUUGCACUUUUUAGACUGAAUUCUGAGAAGGGGCAGUUGCCAUGUAAUUACCUUAAUGACCAAAAUACUUGAAUUAUGGUACAAGAACGAAUAGCCAAUAACGGACUUAAAAAAAAAAAAAAAAUUGUUCAAUUUGCUAUCAGUAUUUUUUCCUGCAUUCACUAAAACAAAUUUCAGCUUUACAACACAAGUAAUAAAAAAUAUAUUCAAAAAAUACAUUUGACCCUGUAUUUUAACAAAGGUGAAAUUGAGCUCACAUUAGCUUUAGUGCCACGCAGUAACACAGAAACAGGGAUUCCAUCUUAAUACUUGGAUAGGGACCUAGUCUUUUUUAUCAAGCAUUUCAGCUUUAGUAAUGGUAAAUAAACCACAUAUAGCUGUAUCAUAGCUACAAAGCUCUCUGAACUUUUCUGCUGUUUGACUAGCCCAUGUUUUUGUUUCAGCCUGGGGUCAGGGUGCUUCUGAAAACAACACUCAUUGCAAAUGUAAUGCUUUUAUGAUUGUGUGAAUGUAUAGAAAACAUGGUCUUGUUACCUAAAAAUGUAGAGGACCACCUGAACACACAGGGAGCAGGGAGCGUAAAGUAGUUUUUGCUGCAGAUUUGGAGAUGAUUCUAUUUUUGGCAUCGAAACAUGCUGAUACUGUAGUGUACGAUUCUACAAUGAAAUUUUAAAUGCAGCGAUCGGACAGUAUUGUAAAAUACGAUGGGAGCGUCUAUUUAUUUUACAGAGUGCAAUAGCAUCUGAAAAUGGUGCAAACAUCUCAAGUAUUAAAUAUUAUUUACAAUGGGGUUGACCCAAUUUGUAGGCUAGUUAAAAUUAAAUUAAUGUAUUCAGUCGUUGGGCAUUAUGAGAGAGAUCACAAUGUGUACACGAUCCCAGUAAACGAGACUGACCGAUUUCACUGAAAAUCAUGAUGCACAUAAAUAGAAAACCAUACCUUGAGAAUCGUUAAAGACAAUCCACAAAAUGAUUAAUUGUCUACAGCACCACGCACAUACGCUACAGGCCGGACCAACAUGACCUUCCUCGUAUGAUACAGCUCGUAAUUCGCUGAAUUGGCAUUGGAAUAUUUAAAGGAAUAUUAAUAAAACUUGGCAGAAAUAUAUCUCUGUAUGUAUUACUAUACAGAGAAGUGCCCUGAAGGUCUUGGAUAUUAGGAAAAUACAGUGAGCUCCAUAAUGUUUAGGACAUUUUUUAUUUUUUUCCUGAUUUGCCUUUGCACUCCCCAGUUUUAGAGUUGUAACCAAUCAAUUCACAUGUGGUUAAAGUGCAGAUUUUCAGCUUUUAUUAAAGGGUACUUUUAUACAUUUUGGUUUCACUUUGUAAAAAUUACAGCAUGCUUUAUACAUAGUCCCACAUUUCAGGGCACCAUAGUGUUUGGGACAAAUGGCUUCAUAGGUGUUUCUGAUUUGUCAGCUUCCUUGAACUGCCCAAGAUUCAAAGCAGCUUCUCAUCUGUAAAACAUGAUAUUGUGGGUGUUAUGGUUUGGGCAUGUAUGGUUGCCACAGAUACUGGCUCACUUCUUCAUUGAUGACGUAACUGCCGGUAGCAGCAGCAGAAUUCAUUGUGAAGUGUACAGAAGCAUCUAAUCUGCUCAGGUUCCAGCAAAUGCUUCCAAAAUAUUGGACGGUGCUUCACCCUACAGCAAGACAAUGAUCCCAAUAAAGCAGUAAAGCCAAAAACGGGAAGAUUCUUGACUGACCAAAUGAGUCAUCCAUCUUGAAUCCAACUGGGCAUGCGUUAAUGUGCUGAAGAGAAAACUUAAAGCAACUUGCCACCGAAACUAGCAGGAGCUGAAGAUGGCUGCAGUGCAGGCCUGGCAGAGCAUCAGUAGGUUAGAUACUCAACGCUCAGUGAUGUCUAUGGGUCACAGACUUCAAGCAGCUGUUAUUGCAUGUACAGGAUAUGCAACAAAGUACAAAACAUGGCUACUUUCAUUUGUCCCAAGCAUUACGGUGUUCUGAAAUGGGGGGAGUGUCUUUGCCCCAAACAUUAUGGAGCUCACUGUAUAUCAAUAGCCUGUAAUAGGCUAGCAAUGAUUGAGGCAUUGAUAUAUUAUUUAACACUUUACACAAAUCAAUCAGUGUUUAUUAAUGCAGGAAAAAUACAGGUAAAGGUGCGAUGUGUGACUAUUCGAGUUUCCUCAAGGCACACAUGAUAUGCUUUCGUUUGCCCUGGAUUCAGAAUACCUUUUUUCUCUAUUAACUGGGGUGCGAAACUGAACUGGCGCUCUCCGUUCUGAGGGCGAGAGUCGCCGUUCUCUUGACGCAUUGUGCCAAAGCAGCUGAAAACGGACAACCAGUGACGUUACUACUCUGGGUUUGUGUUCAUUUGCUGUAUUUAUAAUUUUAAGUAUUUAUUAACGAAUGAUAUUGAAAUACGUAUUUAUUGUGGUUUUUUGCAAACGUCUGUAUUAAGGAGGAUGCUUCUGCGGUCUUAAAUUGUCCUUUGUUUUCUGAUGGUUGUGAAAUGUGUCUAGCUUUUGUUUUAGCUGCAGUAUGUGCCUGUUGUUAUGUUCAUCUUAAUUAUCUCUGUUCAAAUCGCAGGAAUUGGUCAAACUGAAAAUCUAAUUUCGCAUAAUGUUAUUUCGAUAGUUAGAUAGAUGUUAAAACAUGUAUUGAGGUUUGAAAUACAGUUUAGAACAGAGUCAAAUGUUUACUUUUUUUUGUUGCCUUUUUUUUUUUUUUUUUGCUUUUCCACCAAUACCUGACUUUGAAAUAAAUAAAUAAUUGAGCCUA